AUGAGUGACUGUCGCAGUUUUGGCAGCAAUUAUCGUCCAUCUAGCCAAUCUAGAAAGAUUUCGAUUGGAAUUCUGAUGGACUCAUUUCCGAAGAAAAGAUCUGGAGGUGCAAAAGAAGAUGAGGCUGCAGUAUCAAACACAGAAAGGGUAAAUUCUAAGAAAGAAAGUUCAGUCGAAAGUAAAAGCAAAGCAAAAGGUGUCAUUGAUGCUACUAAAGGCAAACAAACUGAAACUCCUGAGCAGGUCCCUUCCCCUUGGAUUACUAAAAAAUCUGUUCCCCGAAAAUCAUCAACUUCUGAGGAUGUCCUUCACGCUGUAAUAACUUCCAAUAUACCAGGCUCUACUGGGAGGAGGAACAAGAUUAGCAAAGUAAAGAAUGUGCCUGUUACAGAUUCAGUAUGGUUUUUCUCCAACCAAACAUCAAAUUCACUUUCUGGUGAUGGAAAGCAGAAGUUUGGGGGAUUUACCUACAAAAGGAAGGGAGGAAAGGAGAGAAACUCACAGCCAGAAGAGGAAUUUACAUUUGCAGCUGCACAAGAAGACCGUAUGCUGGACAAAGCGGUGACAAAUGAUAAAAUAGAAGAGAGAAGAACUGAAACUUUGAAAAUGAAAUUAUGGGAAAUAUUGGGAAAUGUUUCUUCACCAAAAAGUCAGCCAUCUAAUUCUCAGGCUCAUCAGAUUGGUGCCAAAAAUUUAAAUCAGGAGCAAAUUCUUGAUCAAACAGAUGAUAGAGUUGUCAAUCCUAGACAGAGCUCAGAUACCAUAGAAACUGAUUCUGAAAGUCCAGAUCAUAACAUGAGGAGACCGGUGACUCGUUCUUUGACCCGAAAGAGAGCUUCGUCCAAACAGAAACCAGAGAAAACUAAAGUUAACCCAUCCUCCCGUUACAGACAAAAUUUUCAAGAAAAGAAUGUCUUCUCAUUUGAAGAAGGAUUGUUUGGAAAACAAAAUGUUGCUGUCAAUGGUGGAUCCUCAAUCUCUACAAGGAAGAAGAGCCAGAUAAAGAGUUGCAGCAUUGAACCACGUAAGAUUCGCUUCAGUGAAAAUGACAAUGCAGAUGAGAUUCAUGAAGGAAGUCACAAGAGUGAAAGAGCACUCCCAGCUGAGAAAAUAUCUUCUCCUAGCAAUAAAAUGGAAGAUAUUCAUGGUUCUUCUCAGAAUAAGAGAGAUUACUGUGAACCAAAGAAUAAAAACGAAGAAAGAGAUUCCCAACAAUAUGCAAUGGAAACACCAUUCCCUGCUGAGAAAACAUCUUCUCUUAGCAAUAAAAUGGGACAUUUUCAUGGAUCUUCUAGGAAUAAGAGAGAGUACCUUGUACUGAAGAAUAGAAACCAAGAAAGAGAUUCCCAUCAAUCUGCAAGUGAAGAUUCCCAUCAGUCUCUAUGGACACACAGGACUGAUCAACAUAAGGAUCUUAGCAAAUCAGCAGUACCUGAACAUGGGGAUCAACAAGAAAACUUUGAUAUUCCCUCCUCAAAUAUUGCUGUCGACCCACAGGAUGAUUUCCAGAGUCCAACAUUCAAAAUCAAUUCCCCUAUCUUAAGCUCCCCCAAAGCUCAAUGCCAAAAUCUGAUCAGAUAA